GCCCCGCGGCCCCGGUCCUGGACGUGCCGCCCGUGUCCAUCGAGUUCCGUGGGCCAUGCCCGGCCGGCCCUAAGUGUGGGCCGGGGGGCGUCCCCUUGCGCCCAGACCCCGCGCUGGCGCCCCCCGGGCCGCCGCCCGGCGCGGGGGCCAUGGCGUUCACCUUCGCAGCAUUCUGCUACAUGCUCACCCUGGUGCUGUGCGCCUCCCUCAUCUUCUUUGUCAUCUGGCACAUCAUAGCCUUUGAUGAGCUGCGGACUGACUUCAAGAACCCCAUCGACCAGGGGAACCCAGCGCGGGCACGCGAGCGUUUGAAAAACAUCGAACGCAUCUGCUGCCUCCUGAGGAAGCUGGUGGUCCCGGAAUAUUCUAUCCACGGCCUCUUCUGUCUGAUGUUUCUGUGUGCAGCAGAGUGGGUGACCCUGGGCCUCAACAUCCCCCUCCUCUUCUACCACCUCUGGAGGUACUUCCACCGUCCCGCGGAUGGCUCUGAGGUCAUGUAUGAUGCGGUCUCUAUCAUGAAUGCUGACAUCCUCAACUACUGCCAGAAGGAGUCCUGGUGCAAACUCGCCUUCUACCUGCUCUCCUUCUUCUAUUACCUGUACAGUAUGGUUUAUACAUUGGUGAGCUUCUAAGGGUAAAGCCGGCCAGGGAGCAAGCCCAGAAUGGACCGGACGCCUGUGCACCCCUAGCCCUGCCCUUCUGGCCACAGAGGCCUCAGCCCUGGGGAGACAGGGGGCACUGGUGCCUCCAGCCUCUCCACCCCCACAACUGCUGCUGCGGGGACCCCCGCCUUCAGAGCUCUCCCCCUCCAACUAGGGCCAGGCAAAGCUCUAAACAGGGGUGGGGGCUCCUCUGCUAGCCUGCAGCUAGGCAUGGCAGUUGUCCUGGAAGGGGCAGGACUUCCGGGUCUUGUCCAUUUCAGGGGAACUUGGGCCCUGCCACCAGGCAGACCUUGAUCUUGGAAAUUCUGGGCAGCCCCCCUUGGCCCUCACCCCAAAGCUCCCCCUGAAGGUGGGGGGCACCUGCACCAGGAAUGAGCAGGCUCAAUAUGGGGGCAGCCCCAUCCCUAGUCUGCCCUCUCCCCUCCCCAGACUUCUCUUUCCAACCCUAUCUCUACUUAUCCCAAAUCCAGCCCACCCUGUCCCUUGGUCCUAUUUGUUUUCUAUGUUGCCUGGAGGAGUCCGGCACCCCCUUCCCGGCCGUUUGUGACAAAAGAUGAAUAAACUACUGAAAACAA